AUGAGUAUCGAGACAUCAGAGAGUCAGACUGCUUCAUCGGCAUCAACAUCUGGAAAUAUCACCAAAGCCAAAGAGAUCAUUAUACCGACAGAGACACCAACAACAGAAGAAGAACAAGAGAAAGAGAAAGAGAAAGACACAUCCACAUCUUCAAUAUACUCCCCAGCAAACCUCCUUUCAAGUCUGCUCGCUCCAUUCUCUUUCUCGGCCAAGUCUCCAGAGCCAACCACCGCAAUAUCCCCAAGCAACGACAAAGAGAAAGAGAAAGAAAAAGAGACAAUCAAGAGUCCAACUAAGAUAUCAAUCGAAGCCCCAACAUCAGACUCAGACUCAACUACACAACCCACCCCAGAGCCAUAUUACACUCCUGAAGAAACACCUCUCUACAAAAAGCUCUACAAGACCCGUCUAACAAGAACCCGCACAAAACAACUCCUCCGCGCAGGAGAACGGGGGUAUAAUGACCCGCCGCCUCCACUAGGACUGGGUGAUUGCUGUGGGAGUUCGUGUGAUCCCUGUGUAAGGGAUUUGUGGAAGCAAGAGAUUGGGAUUUGGAGGGAGAGAUGGGGGGAUAGGGCGGUUGAAGAAGGGGAAGGAGUCUUGAAAGAAGAGAAGAAGAGUGAGAAGAAAGAAGAGAAAUUGGGGAAGAGAAAAGACCUGGAGUGGUGA